AUGUCUGACAUCGUCCUCCCUUACCUGGGUCAUGGCUUCGUUAUCCGACUGCACGGAGCAGAGCUGCGUUCCCGGCGGAAGCGUGCACUGAGUUUGCAGCACUGUGGCGGGGAGCUGCGGUCCUGGAACCACCCGGCCGUGCCCGCCAUCUCCAUGGGCCCCAGCUUCCGAAACGGAAUCUGUUUGCCUAGUUCCUGCCGGAGCAGAACAUGGCAACUGGUCACAUGCCAAGAAGACUGUCAGCCGUCCCGCAGUGCCCCAGGUGGCUGCGACCCUGCUCCUUGCCAGCCGACCUGCCUUCCAGAAACGCCUUGUGUGGGUUUUGUUUGCCAACCCAUUUGCUCCUGCACAGCCUGCGAUGAACCCAGCACUGGGCAGCCUCCUGGUCUGGUUAGCUCGUGCCAGCGCGCCUGCGCAGAACCCACCGGCGGUCAGGAGAGGUGCUGUGAAGCCAGCUGCGGUCAGGCAGGCUCCUGCCGGCAGCCCGUCUUCGUGCCUGCAUCGCAGCAGGCAGCUUGCGGCCGAUCGGUCUGCUGUGACCCGAGGGCCUGCCAGCCGCCCUCUUCUGAGGGCACUUCCUGUCCUGGAACAUCUUGCCCACCAACCGUCUGCGCUGCUAGUCCGUGCCAGCCAGCUGGCUGCCAAGCAGGUUCAUGUCACGCCAUUAGUGGCGAAGGUCAGCCCUGUAAAUCCAUUUAUUACCAGCCCAUCUGCUACAUUUUCAAGACUAGCCCAUCGGUUCCCUGCAUGCCUGUUCCCUGCCAGCCAUCGACUUAUGUGUUUGGUUCUUGCACUCCUUCUUGCUGUGCGACCUCCGCUUGCCAGCCACUGUGCUGCCAGCCAGCUUCCUCCAUAUCCUUCGUCUGCCUGCCGGGGGCUAACUGCCAGGCCCCCUGUUCUGCAAAGAGCUCAUGCAAACCAGCCUCCUGUGGCGCCGUGCCUUCUGGCCAACUAGCUUGUGGCAGACCCACUUUCUGUAGCCAAACUGGUUACAAAUCCCCUUCCGGCCAACCAGCCUGCUGUGUGACAGGUUCAGGCAAAUCGUCCGGUGGGGGCUCUGCUUGCUUCCAACCGACUCCUCCAUAUCUCUGCAAAGCCAGCACCUGCUUGCCCACUUCCUGCCAAGUUGGCCACGAGUCCAGCUCCGGUAAGGCAAUGCUCAGCUGACGGAGCACUCUUUGCACCUCCACUCAGGCCUCUGGCUGUCUGCAAGCGCACGGCCAUCCCGCGGGCCCACCUCUGGCCGGGCUCAGUGCUGCCUGCUCGCUGACAUCACUCCCAGGCCAGCCCCACGUUCUCUCCAGGUCCAGGCUCGGGGGACGUGUCCAGCCACGAAGAGAUCCUUCUAAACCGAGGAGGGCCUUUCAGCACGCGUGGUCCACACUGUAGCUUGCGUUUCCUGGUGUCAAUGCA